AUGGAAGAUAAUUCGUAUUCAGACGAUGAGGCUUUUGAUAAUACUAAUAUCGAACUAAUGGUCGAGGCAUUCAAUCUAGCGUCUGAAGUGGAUAAUUAUAUCCGUAAUUAUGCUCAAAACAAUCAUGUAUCUUAUCAUGGUUUUAUUCGUGGCCAUAUAGUUAUCAAUCGUGAUUGGGAAAAUGCCGAUCACAAUCUCUUCAAUGAUUAUUUUUCUGAAAAUCCUCGAUUUCCUGAGUCAAUGUUUCGUCGACGAUUCCGAAUGAAUCGUACUUUAUUUCUUUGUAUUUUGGAUGCUAUCCAAAGUCAUGACAACUACUUUCUCCAACGAAGGAAUGGAUGCGGCAAACUAAGGUUGUUCAGUUAUCAAAAAGUUACUGUUGUAUUUCGAAUGUUGGCAUAUGGUGUGGCUGCAGAUGCUACAGAUGAGUACCUUAAAUUAGACGAAUCGACGAUUUUAGAAGCUUUGAAGCGGUUUUGUAGUGCCUUCGUGGAGGUGUUUGGAGACCGCUAUCUCCGCACACCCAAUGCUAAUGAUAUGGCACGACUACUCCAAGUUGGUGAACAACAAGGUUUUCCAUGA